UGGCAAAUAAUGGAUAUUAAUGUCACAUACAGCCACACAAACGCCAAUGGCACAGAGUAAAAAUAGGCAAAUUCUGUAAAAAGUGGCUCCUCUUUUUUUUCGAAAAUAAAGUAAAAGAAAAGUGAAAAAAUUGGGAUACUCCUUUCUCUCAUCUUUCCACUUAACUGUUUUCUGUGCCAAUGCAUAAAUAAAUUCAAAUAUUUCAGAGUUCUGUCCCUCUGGUUUCUGUUGUUUGUGUGACAUCCUUUUUAUUUAUAAUGAGUAAGUAGGGGGGAGAAACAAGAAUUAAAUACUAAUCUAAUUUGUUGCCUUUAGCAAGGAAUUGAGGAUCAUUGUGGAUUAAUUGUAGAUGAGGUUUCAAGAUUUGCAAGCCAUUUCCAGUGGGUCUGCAACUUGAGCCAGCUGUAAUAGAAUAGAUCAUGGCCAUUGAAGCUCCUGUGCUCUUUGCUCCAUCACCAACCAAAUUUCCACAUAUGGGGAUUAGGAAGGUGUCGAGCUGUACCAGUUUGGAAGCACCUGGAGAAUACCAGGUUCUUAUCUCGAAAAACAAUGGAAAUGGAAAGAUCUUCCCACUUGUAGAAGACCCAAAUGAAGAUAGAGUCCCUGAUAUUACUCAUGAGCAACAAAGACAAGUUGCACAGAGUUCCACAACCUGGAAUGCUGAUAUUCCAUUUAUAUUUGACAAUGGCGAUAGUGUUCUAAACAAUGAUGAUGUUUGUAACCACCAAAGUAGACAGAACUCACUACAAGCCGUUGAAAAUUGCGGGCAUUGCUUACAAUCAGACAUAAGCUCCUCACAAGCCUCUGCCUCUUAUUCUGAUUCUCAAACCAAUCCCAGCCCCAUUUCGCAGUGGCGAGCAUUCUUUCGACUUUGGAAACAGAGAUCCAUUAGACGAUUCUCCACUUUCCCUCAUAUAGGUGUCCCAAAAUUCCCAACAAGGAAACACCGGAGUAGAGACAUUUGCUUAAGAAGCCCAAAAUCAUCUUGUGAUGCCAAGUUGUGUUGUUCAAAGCCGUCGUGGAAGAAUUUCACCCUUUUGGAGCUACAAAAUGCAACAAAUAACUUCAAUGCAGAGAACCUCAUAGGGAAGGGAGGUCAUGCUGAAGUUUAUAAAGGAUGUUUGGAUGAUGGGCAACUUGUGGCAGUUAAGAGACUCACUUGGGGAACAAUGGAGGAGAGAACUGGGGAUUUCUUAUCAGAGAUUGGGAUUAUUGUGCAUAUUAAUCACCCAAAUGCUGCUCACCUUAUUGGUUUUGGAGUAGAAGGAGGACUCCAUCUUGUCUUGCAAUUAUCUCCCUGUGGAAGUUUGGAGUCCAUGCUUCACGGUUCCAAGGAAAAACCAAACUGGAGUAUUAGGUAUAAGGUUGCUUUGGGUGUGGCAAAGGGUCUUCAGUACCUUCAUGAUAGCUGCCCGAGACGCAUUAUUCACAGAGAUAUCAAGGCAUCAAAUAUCUUACUUACGGAGGAUUUUGAGGCCCAGAUUGCAGAUUUCGGACUGGCGAAGUGGUUGCCAAAUCAAUUGACACACCUCACAGUUUCCCAAUUUGAAGGCACAUUUGGUUACAUGGCACCUGAAUAUUUCAUGCAUGGAGUGGUGGAUGAAAAAACUGAUGUUUUUUCGUUUGGGGUGUUGCUAUUAGAGCUUAUCACUGGUCGUCGUGCGAUUGAUUCCUCUCAAAAAAGCCUUGUGAUGUGGGCAACGCCUUUGAUCGAAACAAGAAAUAUCAUGGCGCUUGUAGAUCCCUGUCUAGGGAAUGAUUACAAUAUGCAGCAGAUGAAACUUGUGGUUUCAACGGCCUCCAUGUGCAUACAAUACUCAAUUUUGCGGCCUUGCAUGAGCCAGGUGGUGCAUCUUCUUGUUGGAGAGGAAGGUAGCUCAAAGUCCGACAAGCAAGUACAAAAUCCAAUUUUUAGUAGAACGUUCUCUGCAGGCCAAUUUGAGGGAGAAGGUUAUAGUUUGAGAAGUUACACCAACAAUCUUAGGCAACACAAAGAACUUGUUUCACGUUCCUCAAAUUGCCUGAACUUUUCGCAGAAAUCAUUCAGUCUCGAGGAUUCUGAAAUUGCCUAAGGAUUUAACCAACAGAUUCUUAAACAUGGGGUUUUGUAUUGUAAAAUUGACUUUGUAAUUGUUUCCUAGUACACCUGGUGCAAGUUCAUAAGAGAAUAUAUUGAGGAAUAAUACAAAUUCAUUGUAUGCAUAAAUAUAAUGC